CAGAAUCGUCCGGAACAAGGCCAACGACCGCGCCAAGUCCAGCAGUCCGCACGGACAGGACGGAAGUCCUAACUGCCUGGGCAGCGACACACCUGGACUAGGACCCCACAGCGCCUCGCCAGGUAGCGACGGCUCCCAGAGAGGAGGGGGGUCAUCCACCAACGCCCCUGGGGGCGGGGCAGGAACGCCCGGAGCUCCUGCUGGAGGCUUCAACAUCAGCAACAUCAUGAGUCCUGGUGGUAACAACAACAACAAUAACAACAACAGUACGAGUAACAACAACAAUAAUAACAACAAGAGGAAAAGCGAUAUGGAUUCGGGUGAGUUUGGGAGUGCUGUUGAGGUGUGUAUGUGUGUGUGUGUGUGUGUGUGUGUGUGUGUGUGUGUGUGUGUGUGUGUGUGUGUGUGUGUGAGCUCGCUUAAUUAAGAAUUCAACUCAAGAACUGUUACUUACUUACGAGGAAAUACAACCAUUAUGACGUGCAACUGUCACACUCAGACAGACAGUGUCAUUCAAAUCGCCCCCAAAGGUUGGCGCAUUGUCUUAAACCUUGCUCUGAGACGGUUACGUGGGGCGGAACAUAAAACACUCUUUUUAAAA